CAGACUGCUCCUGAUUUCUCCCUUACAGAAAACCCUCCUUUGUGGGGACUGUAGCUCCAUCCUGCGGGGUGGGGCUGAAACAGCCAGAUCAAGCCCCAGAGGAAGCAGCCAUCUGGGAAGCAGAAUCUUAAAGAGGACACGUGGGGACAUCGAGGGCCAAGCAGGACCCACUCAAAGUCCAGGAAGACGAGGCCUGCUGCCAUGACCCGCUCCCCCCAGUACCUCCUGGGAUGGGCCACCUUUCUGCUCUGCUCCUCCCAGACAAGCACAGGUAGCCAAGACCCCUGCGUGUUUCCCUUCACCUACAAGGGCUUCACCUUCUUCUCCUGCACCAGGAUGAACAGCUUCUCCCCCUGGUGCGCCACCAGAGCCGUGUAUGAUGGCCAGUGGAGGCGCUGCUCCACAGAAGAUAAUGCCCGAUGCAUCUUCCCCUUCAUCUACCGAGGAAAAUCGCACAGCAACUGCAUCACAGAAGGCAGCUUCUUUGGAAAGCUCUGGUGUUCAGUAACCUCCAGCUUCGAUGAGGUGCAGCAGUGGAAAUACUGCGAGAUAAAUGAAACAAUGUGGUGGCCGAAUGCCUGGAGGACACCAGCAGUAAGCUGUGGUGCCCCACCACCGAGAACAUGGACCAGGAUGGGAAGUGGAGCUUCUGCGCUGACAUCCGAGUCUCCUCCCUGGUUCCUGGCAUCCCCUGCCACUUCCCAUUCAACUACAGGAACAAGAACUACUUCAACUGCACCAGCAAAGGCUCCAAGAGCAACCUCUCCUGGUGCGCAACCUCCCAUGACUACGACCAGGACCACACCUGGGUGUACUGCUGAGACCCAGGGGAGGAGGAACAACACUGGCAGAUGGCAUCUGGGGCCUGCCUUCACUGUUUCACCGCAUUAUUCAAGCUUAGAUCAUCGCCUUUAGGAUUCUCCUGUCCGUCACCUCUGCUCUGUCAUGGAGUCCUUGGAGAGAAAUGGAGGGAGAAUGGGGCAUGACCUCCCCCUCAAUAAAGGAGUCCAAAACUGACUCCAGUGCUGCCUUUGCUGCUUCCCAGGAUGAGAGACACAAUGAGGGACCCAAGCCUGUGGGGAAGGAGGUGGGGGUUGGGGUGGCAGAAUCGCAGGGAGACCAGAUUCAGCCACCCUUGGGGGUCCUCACAGCCUCUUUCCUCUCCUGGGAGGUCACAAAUGUGGAUGGAGCACUAUAGGUACUAACGAAAUUAUGAAUAAAGGAAUUGGUGAGUGA